GCGAGACUUUGCGCGGUGGCGCCCCCUCCCCACCCCGUACGGUGGUGACGCUGGCGAUGGUGGUGGUGGUGGUGAUGGUGCGAGUCUAAGUGGCGGCGGUGGUUAGCGGUGGGUUAGCGGCGUUCUGCCCGGACAUCGUCGGCGUUCGCCAUGAAGCUGCACCAGGUGCUCACGGGCGCCGUGAACCCCGGGGAGAACACCUUCUCCGUGGGGCUCCUGGACGGCGCUGCGUUCACGGCCUACGCGUCUGGCUGUGACAUCGUGAUCCUCGGCAGCAACUUUGAGCGCGUGCAGAUCAUCCCGGGCUCCAAGCAUGGGAACAUCCAGGUCGGCUGCCUCAGCUGCUCCGCGCGCCUCGGCAAGAUUGCAGCAUCUUAUGGAGACACCGUUUCCAUCUUUGAGCCUUUCCCGCUCAUCAACAAAGCAAGCAACCCCCUCGGCUUGCAGUGGCACAAGACAGGGCAGCUCAAGGUCCCAUCCGCGGUCCUGGAUCUGGCAUGGGACCCUCAGGCCGAUUCUCUGCUCACCGCCUCCAGCUCUCUGCAGCUGUGGUCGUGCUCCCCGGGGUCGGAGGUCGCAGUGGACAGCCCCACGAGCGAGUCGGCGCUCACGGGCUGCGUCUGGGCGGCCGUCUGGACGUGCAGGACCGCGCUUCCUGUCACGCAAAUCAAAUUCUCUCCGGAUGGAUAUUUUUUCGCUACCACUGGCAAGAACGACUGCCUAGUGAAGGUGUGGUACCGCACGGAUGGGUGGCACGCGUGCCGGGUGGUGGGCGUCUCCGGCGGUGGCAGCUGUACGGACCCUGUGGUGAUGCCGACGGAACGGCCGGCGUUCUCGUUUGCGUACCUGGCGCACCCGCGUGCCGUCACCAGCCUCUCCUGGAGGAAGACCAGCACGUACCUCCCCAGGGGCGCCGCCUGCAACACGCUGCUCACGUCGUGUCGCGACGGCAUCUGCCGCGUGUGGCUGGAGACGGUGCUGCCCGAGGACUGCCUGCAGGAGUGCCCGGCCGUGAGCGGGCACGGCGCCCGCGGGGAGCCGCCGCCGUCCGUGCGGCUGGCUGCGGCCGCGGGGCCGCGCGGGAAGGCCCAGCGGGAGCGCAUGCAUCACGUGCUCGGGUCGUUCCAGCAGCUCAAGAUGCUGAAGCGCAGGAAACGCACGCUGCAGAGAGACGGCCUCGGGUCAGUCCUGGCCGAGGCCCUGCCAGGGUCGCCCGCGUUACCACGGCAACCGCGCAUCCUCGCCCACUUCCACAUCGCCGCCAGCAUCAACCCCAAAACAGACAUCCCGCUGAUGCCGGCAAUGGGAUGCCCGGGAGUGGACGGCGACGGGCCCCCGUUCGUAGUGCACUGGCUGAACAACAAGUACCUGCAGUUCACGCUCUCGCUCGAGUGCCUCCUGCAGCAGCUGCAACCGCCGGCACCGUCGGGGGGCAGCAGGGGCGGCAGCGGCAGGGCGGCCGACGCUGGGUCACGGGGGUCACGGGGGUCGCAGGAGGAGGCCAGCGGAGAGGUCGGCGGCCGCGACGCCCCGGACGGCAACAGCGACAACCACAGUUCGUCCCGCGAAUCCGAGGACGGCAUCUGCUCGCUGGACGACGGCUCUGAGAAGGAGAGCGACACCCCCACCGGCACGGCGCCGCGCCGGCCCCCAGGCAUCAGCACCACCACCAACACCACCCUCACCGCCACCGCGGCGGUGGCGGCGUCCACCCCGGCAGACGGCUCGGGGCCGCCGGGCGGCACCGGGAAGCCCAAGCACGCGGGCGCGGCCGGGGCGGCGUGGCAGGUGGAGAAUGGACUUGACUGGCUGGUGAGGGACUGGCAGAGCGCGCCCGACAUGCUGUACAGCGUGCACGCGCUGGACGGCUCCUUCCUCGUGUGGCACGUCGACUGGCUCGACGAGAGCCAGCCCGGCGUCUUCAAGCAGGUGCAGGUCUGCUUCUCCUCGCGCAUCCCCGUCGCCUUCCCCGCUGGCGACGCUCACUCCAUGGGCAAGCACAUGUACCUGUACGCGUGUCCCAGCGGCGCCCGGCACGCCGGAGACCCCACCGCCGGCACCAGCCCUCACCACCCGCGCUACUACUCCUCCUCCUCCUCGUUCUCCUCCGUGCCUCGCAGCUCCUCCGGCCACCUCAUCUCCUCCAGCCUCGGCCGCAACCUCGGCAGCUGCGGCAGCAUCGGCAGCAUCGGCGGCGGCAUGGGCGGGCCCUUUGGCGCGCUGCUGGUGCCGCCCUCGGUGAAGCUGGUGACGAAGCACGCCGACGGCUCGCUCAACCAGUGGGCCGUCUGCUUCGGCGAGGACGCCGCCUUCCGCACCGUGCUGGGCAUCUCGCACCAGUCGCGCUACUGCGGCCACCGCUUCCGCCUCACGGGGCAGGCGUGCCACGCCGUGCUGCCGCUGCUGCUCACCACGGCGCACCACGCCCCGCGCGAUGACGCGCCGCCCGACGGCCGCUCUUCCCCUCGACCGUCGCCUACGGACGACGUCGCUCGGAAGCAACCGAGCGGUCGCUUCGUGCGAAGGGAGGCGGGCGGGUCGUCGGGCAGGUCGCCGGGCGGGUCGCCGGGCGACGCGUUUGCCGGCCCGGCGAUGACUCGGAGGAGCCGGCGCGGCGAAGGCGGCGGCGGCACCUGCGGACCGCCCGGCCGGCAGCUGCGGCGGUUGAUGAGCGACUGCGACGUGCUGGCGGUGCGCAGCGAGCUCAUCCUGUGGCGCGUGGACCCCGUGGGGCCGCUGUCCCACACGGGCGGCGUGCUGGAGCUGGCGCGCAUCAACUGUGCCAGCGAGGACGCUUUUGCGCACAUGGCGUGGCUGCCCACCACCGUGCCGGGGUACUGCCUCGGGACGUACUGCAACUCCCCGAGCUCGUGCUUCGUGGCGUCAGACGGCUGGAAUCUGCGCCUGUACCAGGCCGUGAUCGACGCCCGCAAGCUGCUCGACGAGCUCUCCAAGCCGCAGCUGUCGCGUCUGGUGGGCGACGUGUUCAGCAUCGUGAGCCAGCAGUCGACCGCUCGGCCCGGCUGCAUCAUCGAGCUGGACGUCAUCACUGAACAGUGCCCAUCCAGCACGCAGUUCCUGCACGUCUUCUCGGAGGAGCUCAUCCUCGGUCGGCGCUCCAAGGACACGGAGGAGGGAGACGGAUCCAACCCGGCGAGCGGUGCCGGUCCCGGCCGGGCGCCGCAGUUUUCCGAGAGGUUCUUCCUGGUGUCCAUCGAGAGAGCUGAGGGAGGGCAGUCGCUGCUCAAGAUGUGGAGCCUCCACCUGACCUCCGUGCAGGCACUCGCCGGUACGCAGAGCGUGGACGCGUGCGGCCUGCGCUUCCUGCUCGCCGUGAGGCUGCACUCCUUCCUGCUCUCCUCCCUGCCGCCCCUGCACCGAGCUCAGCUUCAGCACCAGGGCCUGUCGACGUGCCACUUUGCGUGGGCGUUCCACUCCACGUCGCAGGAGGACCUGCUGGGCCUGCUGCCCACGAUGCAGAGGGCAGACGGCCCCACGUGGGCAGAGCUGCGCGCCAUGGGCGUGGGCUGGUGGCUCAGGGGACGCGCCGCCCUGCGCCUCUGCAUGGAGAAGCUGGCGAAGGUGGCGUUUCAACGCAACAACGAUCCCCUGGAUGCCGCCCUCUACUACCUGGCCAUGGGCAAAAAGGGGGUCCUGUGGGGUCUGUUCAGGUCGAAGGGCGACUCGAAAAUGACCCAGUUCUUCAGCAACAACUUCACGGAGGAGCGGUGGCGCAGCGCCGCGCUCAAGAACGCCUUCGCGCUGCUCGGCAAGCGGCGCUUCGAGCAGGCGGCCGCCUUCUUCCUCCUGGCCGGGGCGCUGAGGGACGCCAUUGAGGUGUGCCUGGAGAAGCUGAACGACAUCCAGCUGGCGUUGGUCGUCGCGCGACUGCAGGAGGCCAACACGGACGCACCAGCCACCUACCAGUCCAUCCUGGGGUGCCGCGUUUUGGGCCGAAACGAGGUGUCGGGGGCCGAUGCCGCCGCGACGCCGGAGCUCGCCGAGCUGACGAGGGCCUGCGAGCUGCGCAAGGACCGCGAUCCCUUUCUACGCAGCAUUGCAUGCUGGGUAAAAAGCGACUACUCCGGAGCCCUGGACGCGCUGCUGGAGCAGCCGGAUUCUGCUUGCGACGCCGACGAAGACGGUGGUAGCGGCGGCAGCGGCGGCGGUAGCGCCUCGCCGGGCCUGUGCAGCCCGGGCGUCUUCAACUUCUACAACUUCCUGCGCGGCCACCCGCUCAUCGUGCGCCACCACAUGCUCUCCCACGGCGGCGCCGGCCAGCGGCCCGCCGAUACCAUCAGCCUGCGCGAGCGCCGGCUGUUCUUCGCGACGGCGAGCACCCACCUCAAGUCGGGCUGCCCGCUGCUGGCGCUUGACGUGCUCCGGCGGAUGCCGCAUGCCGAGAAGGAGGUGGUGACCGUCGCCAGCGCCAGGGGCGGCGGGAGAUUGCCAUUGGAAAAUGGACACGUGCACGGUGGCGGCAGCGCGUGGGGCACGGCGGGCGCCCACCCGUCGAGUGGGCACCACACGGCGGAGAGCGCCGACUGGGCCAGCUCGGCCAUGACGGUGGCGGACGAGCCUCUGGAGCUGAGCUGGGACAGCGAGGAGGACGAGGAGGAGGAGGAGGACGAGGAAGACGACGACGACGAAGACCAGGGGAUCACCAUGAAGAAGACGAGAGCGUUCAAGAAGGGCACCGCCGACGUCGUGGAGAGCGACGCGGAGAAGAGGCCGGAGUCUCUGCCGCCUGCGCCGCCCGGCACGGACGGCUACGUGGACGUGAUGGCGGAGCAGAUGAAGUUCCGUGCGUGCCUCAAGCUGCUCGUGGACGAGCUGCGCACGCUGGCGACAGGAUAUGAGGUGGACAGAGGCAAGCUGCACGUGCAGCUGUGCCACUGGCUGGAGCGCGAGGUAGCCACGCUGCAGGAGGUGUGCGGUUACCCCGGCGACCUGCACGGCACCGCCGCCGGCUCGCUGGAUACGGUUGCCGAGGACGCCGGAUCAAAGUUGUCCGGCGCCACGGACGCUUGUCCCUUUAUUGGCGGUGGUGGGAGCGGCGGGGUGACGCCGGACGACACGGAGGCUUGGCGCGAGCAGCACAGCCUACGUGCCAGGCAGCUGCACGCGGCGCGCCGGCGCCAGUGGCUGUGCGCCAACCUGCCGCUGCUGCACAUGUUCCUGGGUUACUGCAGCCUGCACGGCGCGCAGGGCGGCGGCCUGGCCUCCGUGCGCGUCGAGCUCCUCUUCCUCAUACAGGAGUCGCAGCAGGAGGCGGUGCUGAAGCAGCUGCACUCGCGGCUGCCGCUACCGACCGUGCUGCCACUCAUCUCGGCGUCGCUCGCCACUCUCAAGACUGUCAUUUCCAACCCGGUGCUGCACGUCGCCAAUCUUGCGCACGACAUCCUGCGCACCGUCAGCGACAUGCCGGCGCCCCCCGAGCCACCCAAGGACAACCCGCAGGUUCACAUGAUCUACGUGCUGGCCGCGUCGCUCUCCGCGUGCGUUUACCAGUCCCUCUGCGACAGCCACAGCUUCAGCAGCGAGGCUGCGAGCUGCCCCUUCACGGGGCUCUCCUACAAGAGCUGCCUGCUCCGCGAGCGCCUGCGCCAGCGCCAUGAGAGCACCAGCAACCUGCAGUCCACCUCCUUGCCCUCCCAGUGGCCGGGCGUGACGCAGCUGCUGUCCCAGCUGCACGCGUGCCGCGACGAGGAGCAGCCGCCGCUGCGCAUGCUGCUGUGCGAGGCGCUGCUCGCCGUCUUCCUCGGGAUGCUGGCACGCGCCCUCGCCACCAACGCCGCCGGCCGCCUCUACCGCCUGUCGGCGCGCCCGCUGGAUGCACGCUCGUGGGCGUCGCUGUUCGGCGGCGCCGCCCGCGUGCCCCAGUGCGCCACGCCCUCACCGGCGCAGACGCUGGCGCCGCCGCAGCAGCAGGCGCCGUCGUCGUCGUCCUCUAAAGGGAAUUCAACGGCGGAGGCGGUGAAGACGCAGCAGGGCAGCACGCGCAACCGUGCGCAGCAGCAGUCGGAGACGUCGUCCUCUGGUGGCCGGGUCCGGGCAGACGAGGCCAGCAAGCACCGGCACCGGCUCAACAUGCGCAUCCUGGUGACGUCGCCGUCGCCGCCAAGCACGGCCGCACCCACGCAGCGCGCGGUCGUAAGCACAGUGUCCGGCAGCAGUGGCGGCGGCGGCGGCGCCGGCGGCAGCGUGGAACUGGGCGGCUCGUGGGCGCAGUCGCCGCUCACGCCGUGCGCUAACUUCCGUGAGGUGUUUGUGCCACCCGAGCUCAGCAUCUGGGACUACUACAUGGCCAAGCCAUUUGUGGCGUCCGACGACGGCUUGGGCUACGACUCUGACGAGAGCGAGGAGAGCGAGGAGGAGGAAGAGGAGGAGGACGAGGGAGACGAGGAGGCCGACUACGACCCGAUCCUCGACAAGGACGACGAGAGGGCGUCGCGGCGCCGCUCCCGCGAGCGCGAGCACUCGGACCCCAACUCCUACAGCUGGUGUCUCAUGAGGCUGGUGGUGGUGCGGCUGGCCAUCACAAACAUGCGCGGCUUCUUCCCCAUGGCCGGACUCGAGAUGUCAGACCUGCCGUCGUGCUCCCCGUUGUGCCACAUGGCGCUGUGCACGCUGAGCCAGUGGGAGCAGGCGCUGUGCGCGCGCCUCGAGGCCACGCCGGGCCCUCCCGACGACUACAUCCCCACGCUGGGGGCUCACACGGGCGACGGGCCUGCCGGACCGGCCAUCCUGCGCUACAAGGCCAUGCUGGAGCCAGGCAACACGCCCUUCAGUUCGCAUCGCCGCUCGGCACUGGCAGCCAAACGCUUGUGGCAGUUCCUGGUGCGGCACGAGUCAAUGCAGGAGACCUUCAUCAGGCACAUCUUCACUCGCGCGCACCACCGCCACCAGCAGCAGCAGCAGCAGGAGGAGGAGUCCUCCUCAUCCGGGAACCUCAACUACGUGACCGAAGACCACGGAAGCAACAGGACGGAGCUGAGCGCCGGCUCCCCCAUCACGCGAGCGCGGAUCGUGCACAAGGAGACUGACAUCAUCACCGCCUUCGCCAUCAACCGGGCGAAUCCGUCUUGCCUGGCCGCAGCCUCGGCCCACGAGGUGCUGGAGCUGGACCUGUCGUCCAUCUUGUCGUCGAGCUGCCAGGCCUGGGUGGAGGAGGAGUCCGAGUCGGAGGGCAGCAGUAACGAAGACUUCCUGGUGGUCUACACGAAGGACGACGCGUUCCGCAGCCCCAGCAUCGGCAGCUUCCACACGAGCAGCCCCUACACGCCGAGCAGCACGGGCACCACCAGCUCAGUCGGCGGACAAACGGGCAGAGGGCCCACCAUGCUCCUGCGGCGGAACCUGAGCAACGUGCGGAGGAUGGCGAGCCACCCGAUAUUGCCGUACUAUGUGACGGGCGGGCAGGACGGCAGCGUGCGCGUGUUCGAGUGGGGUCACGCGGAGCAGCUUCAGGUCAUGAGGCCUGCGCCCGCGCCCCGCGUCACCCGCUUGCGUUUCUGCGCCCAGAGCAACCGGAAGUUUGGGGUGACCGAUGGUGAUGGCUUCCUCAGUCUGUGGCAGCUCGACCUCACCAACAAGAACCCCAAGCCCUACCUGACCCUCAAAUGCCACAGCCGCGACACCUUUGACUUCACUUUUCUGGGCUCCUCCAGCGUCGUGGCAACCGCCGGACAGUCGUCCGACGGCCGGAACGUUCGCCUGUGGGACACGCUGGUGCCGCACAGGAGCAGCCUGGUGCACGGCUUCCAGUGCCUGGAGGCGGGCGCCACGGUGCUGGGCUACGCGCCCCGCAGCCAGACGCUCAUCGUGGGCGGCCGCAAGGGCCACGUGACGCUGCUGGACCUGCGGCAGCGCGUGGCCCGCCACACGGUGCAGGCCCACGAGUCGGCCGUGAAGGCCAUCGCGGUGCACCCCGGCGAGGGCUUCUUCCUCACCGGCUCCGCCGAGGGCAACAUCAAGGUGUGGUCCCUGCCGGCGCCCACACUGAUCAGCACCUACGCCAACGAGCACGCCCGCCAGUCCAUCUUCCGGCACCUGGGCGCCGGCGUGAUGCAAAUCGAGACGGGGCCGGGCCGCCACGUCUUCUCCUGUGGCGCCGACGGCACCAUCAAGACGCGCGUGCUGCUGCAGCACUCGGGCGGCUGGUGACCACCGCCACUCUCGCCUGCCAGCCCGCCCACCCGCCCGCCCGCCUGCCCAACUAACCCCAUCCCACCCACGCAUCACACGCACAACGUGGCCACUCGUGCCGGAGUAAAGCACGAAGGGGCACUGUGCAGGGUCGGGGCCCCCUGCACUACAGGGGACGGGCUCGGCCGACACUGGUUCGGCGUUACCGCCGGGUGCCGGCCGAUCUGAAGCGUGGUUGGCGGGGAGGGCAGGCACCCUUCUUGUGCCCCGAAGCGUCCUACCGAGCGUCGGUUAACCGCAGCGCCUACGCGUGCGCCCGGCUGCGGCCCCGGUAAAAGCACGGCAUGCGCUGCGUGUAAGGCGUCUUCCCGUCUUGACUGUGCGCGCACCGUUCAUAGGUUGGAUAUAAUAACUGGAGAACAGCGGGAACAAUAACAAAAAAAUUCCCCAAACGCAGCUACGCGGUUUAUUUUUCCUCUGUUUCGAAGUAGUUUUUGUUGUUGGUUUUUUGUGCAAGCGGACUUUCCGCCGCCGCCAGUGACGGAUGCUUUAUCCCUCCUCGAGGGGGAUAUUGAUGGGUUCCGCGCGGGAGAGCCCGAGAGAGUCAAUGAGCAGGGUUCGCGCCCCCGUCACUUUACCAGCCUCCUCGUGAUGUUUUAUCGCUUGUAAAAUAUAAAUAUGGCGUGUACGAGACGACGAAACGAGGGUUUUAAGGGCGUUUGACGAACAAACGCAAGUACGGCAAUCGUGUGUGAAAACCGCAAACGUGUGUGUGAGACGAGCUUCGGGGGGACAUCUCGUACAACCUAUAGCUUGAGCUUGAACACACCUACGUGUAAGCACACCCCUCACCUCAAAGGCCUCGUUAGGGUAUUAUUUUCUUGUUGUGACGGUCGCAAGCUGGGAUAAACAAAAUAUAUAUGAGGAGACAUUUACAGAGAUGUAAAAUAAAAUAUAAAUAUGUGUAUAUUGCUCUGGCUGUUUGUAAAUGAUUCCACUUUGAAGGCGUAAACUUGAACCGACGGGAGGGGAUGGGUCGGAGCAUCGCCGUUGUUGGUUUGCAUCGAGUGGCCAUGCUCCCGGACAUUCUUUUCGCCCGUUUUUGUGGGCAAAGGCGGUGCCGUGCUGCGGUCGCGGGUAAUCCGGGCGGAAAUGUGAUUUGUUUUUUGUUUUGCAGAAGGGAGGGAGGGGGGCGUUUGUAAAUUUCGUUGCGUUUCUGUGCAAAGCGUUUGACGGGUACAGGGCAUGAUCGCCGUGAUUCAGGUUGGGCGCGCACCGCUCGUCGCUGUCGAGAGAGCUGCAUGCAACGCGCGUACCUACGUACGUGAACUUGUUUUCGCACCGCCGUACGUGGCCAGCCGACCGUGUUAACUGGAGGUGCGGGGGAAGGACGAUGCGCAGUGCCCGUUGUGACCUCGUCUUCGCCAAUGGUCGUGUGUAGGCGCUGCGGGUUCGCGAGCGCGAAAUGCUCGUACAGUGCACGUGAUCGGGUGCAGUCUCUCUCAGCCUGAUGCCUUGUUCGGGGGUAAGGGUGGUGUCACUUUGGAUCAUGAUUGUAAUUAUUAUUGCUUUUAACGUUUUUCCUAUUUUGUUAUUAAGCUGCGGAGGUCACGAAGGAGAAUUGCUGAUCAGACCGGAUUGUUGCAACACUCCCAUAUUUGCGUGCGCGCAGCUGGCGCUGGCCAUCGUGUUCCUUUGGUACUGCGCGAGGGUGACGGAACACGCGCGACGAACGAACAACGACGGCGUUUAGUCGAAGACCGGUCUGCCCUUUACAGCAACAUGUCGUGAGGUUAAAUAUCGCUUUAAAGCGAUGCCGUGACCUCAAACGCUCGAUCGCUAUUGGCCGCUGGCUCGUAACAUUUUGUGCCGUUGUUGUGUUUGGCUGAUAGGGCAUCGGUUCUCGCCAUCGCUUCUGCGUCACUCGGGUGUUCUUGUCUGCGUUGGUGGGAGAUGACUUUUGAAUCUGAACGCAUGAUCGUGGCGGGACAGGCUAGGCCGCAGAGCCCGAGGUCGCAUCAUGGAACUUGAACGAGCCUUUCCCGACUUUCCUCCUAAGGCAUUAUAUCGGUAAUUUUUUGGCAGCUGUGCUGGAUGACGGCAUCUCCCCCCGCACCAUGUGGGUAACGGGGGGCCGUGACCGUCGCCACGCUGGUUGAUGCGGGUCGGUGAAGGGCGUGGGGCCCUUGAGCGGUUCCGGAUGUCACUCGGCACCGCUGCCGGCCACGGCUGAGAACGACGGGUGCGGCGCGCUAAACCGCUGGCCGCCGCCGCUGCUCCUCCCAAGGCAUUAUCGAGUACGGGAAAUCUUCCCUCGGGGUCUGUUUGUGCCCACCGGCUGCUCGGAGUAGUUUGUAGACGAAUCGUAUUUUCUUGCCUUGGUGCUUGAAUGUGCUGCUUUGACCGGCUCCGUUCGUGUGCGGGAGGAGCCCGGCCGGGCUGCGGGCGGCGACGCCUCUGCGGCGCGCCCGACUCCCGCAUGGACGAACGGACCAAGCCGCGGAUUCGCGCGUCGCCCGUUGUCAACUUGGCGCACGCGCAAUGCGCGGCGCUGGGACUGGAAGGGCUCUGUGCAAUGGCCGUGUUGGAGACCGAUACAUUUUUGCCAAAAAACCUGAACCCGCUGAGAACACCGGAUAGGUCUACCGCGCCGCUUUGGCAAGACGAUUAGUCGUUUUUAUUUCUGCCUGGCGCUGCUGAUGAGUAAUGCAAGCGACCCGUUUGGUUUGAACAAAACACGACUUACCCGAGUGUUGAAUUAAUGAAACGUGACACAUGGGGUUUUUUUGCCAAUUUUUGCACAACGCCUGAACAGGGCGAAGGCCAUCGGUUUCCGCGCGCGUUCGCAAAUCCAGUUAUUUAUUUAGUUUUUAGCCUCGCAAAAUGUAUUUUUUAACAUGCCCCAAUAAAAAUCAUCGCAUGAUUCUCGAGUCGUUCGGCCGGAGGCGAAGGGGGUAUCUCUUUUAGUCCGAAGCGUCGGCGUUUUCGACCACGACCUUGCACAGAAACAACCCCGAUUGUCACAAACGCCUCGACGAGGAAGGCACUCCUCUCGGUUCUCGUCCGCAGGGCGGCUGGUGUACCGAACUCGUGCCACGUGCGCUACCCCGGGUGUGAGGAACGCGCCGACGUUUACACGCGGAGCCGGCGCCUUGUCCGCCGCUUGCCGAGCGUCGCUUUUAUUUCCUUGAUCGCGAUCUGGAAACGCCGCGCCCACGCGCGCGUCGCUCCAGACGCGGCCCCGGGGGGCCGUUCCCUCGGCCGGUCUUGUCAGCCGCGCAGUGAAUCGCCUGCCAUUCCUUCACUUUUGAUGUCUUAAUUGUCGUUGAGUUUUUUUGUUCCGUCAAGUGUUGUGUUGUUAUUAUUAUGACGGCCGAGAGCCGCGGAGUGGCAAUGCGGAACGUGGAUGCUGUAUUCCGUUGCUUGUGAGCUUCGGGUUCUAGAGGCCAGUUUACUCAUUCUGGGUGGGUGACGCAAUCCGCCCGCCCGCGUGGUGCAAUCUCAGCGUUCCGCUCAAAUAUAAAACAAAUGCCAUAAUUUAAACAAGCAUUACUUUAAUUGCAUUUGCCAUAAAAGGUCUGUUCUUUAUAUUGUAAUCGUGUUAUAAUGGCAGGAUGCUACCUAUAACCAUUGUGAAACCGCGACCUUUGUUUGCAGCGUGUACAACUGAUGUAUAGAGGACGGCACGCGAUAGUAGUGGACUCCUGUUCUCACAGGAGCAGGCUCCGUGUCGACAAAGGCGCUCCUCCCGGACACUGACCUGCAUGGCUGACCACGGCCAAGUGACCCGUUCACUCUGCGUGUGUGCAACUCGCAGGUUUGCGAGGUGAUGAACGCUGCCGUUGUGCGUGCUGCCACUCCGCGUGGCCCGGCAUGUCCCCCUCGCUACACCCGCCAGGCGCACAAACAGCAAUGCGCGCGGCCCUCUCAGCGAAUGUGCGGCCGCUUGGCACGAUUGGAUUUCACGCCGGAGUUGAGCUGGCCAUGAUGAGGAGGAGGGAGAAGGGGGGUUUCCGUGAUUUUUUAUUUUCGUUACAUUCUACCGCACGUUGCCAAGCAGCCUGCUCACUUGAUUGUGUUUCGUUUGGUUUGUUUACUUCUCCUGGGAUACUCACCGUCGUAGGUGACGGGUGGCUCUGGCUGACGAGGGCUUGGCCAAGCACAACAAAACCAUUCGCCCACCAGAUUUUGCAUCCAAACCGAGCCAGUCCCGUCCCGCUGCAGCUCUUGGAGCGUGCCGCACUCGGGGAGAGAUCCCCACGCCUCGACGGGCAGGGCGCGUGGGAGACCGACGACAUCCGCGGACCCGAGUGGGUUGGAAUUUGUUGAAAAAAAAACUCUCAAAACAAGAGGGCCCACGAGAGACGGAUGUGACCGGCGAGCCCGGGGAUCCUUUGCGCUCCCGAGUCGACCACGUGCCCUGCUUGCCUGGGGCCUUGCGAUCUCUCUCUCGUUCUUGAUUAUGACUCAUUUAAUUUAAUACAGAAAUAAUAACAUUUUAUAGCAAAAAUGAUUUCAACUCCCGCCCCCUGUGCUCCGUGCUGACCACGGUAGCGCAGUUCACGCGGACCCCCCCCCCCCGCGGUCGUGGUGGGGGGGGGGGGCUGACGCCAAAUCUCGCCACGCGCCCGGCGCUCGCUCCGGGGACGCUCCGGGGAAGCGGCCCCGGGAGAGCGCCCGGCGCCAACGUCGCCAUCGAUGCCCCCCCCCCCCAAUGAUUUGUUGAUUUUAAAAAAAAUGUGUUAUCAUUUGUGUUCCUGCAUCGUUUGGAAAAAAAGAUUAUUUUACAGUCCGUGUGGAAACUCACACCCUGCUGCUGCUGCUAUGCACAUGACUGACAGCAGACAUGGUGACGUAACAACAGCUGGGUGGUGACGUAACAACAGCUGGGUGGUGACGUGACAACAGCUGGGUGGUGACGUGACAACAGCUGGGUGGUGACGUGCCGGGGUUGUUGAACCGCCGCUGCAGUCGGGACGGAUCGCAUCUCUCGCCGCGUGGCCGUGCCUCUCACACUGCACCGGGGGGGGGGGGGUGUAACGUUAAGCUAUUUUAAUCUGCCCUUGUUGACGUUUCGUUCAUUUUAGUGCAGUGUGGAAAUUUGAGCGAUGUUGCUGCAGGGCCGCGUCUUGAUGUGGGAGGGGAGGGGGUGUAAUUACGUGGUCAUUAAAACCCCGUUACAGCCGGGCUCGGUUCACCGUCUCCGAGAGGAAAGGAAGAGAUUGAGUGGAGGGGGAGCCGAGGAUUCGGACAUUGCCGUGGUCGCGAGCGGUCGUGGGGAUCACGGCGGAGCUCCUCCCGCGUGACUCACAUUCCAGUGCACGAUGAACGCGCGGUCAGCUUGAGGGUCAGUCGCCAAGUGUGGGAGCACACACACACAGCCUCCGCCGCAUACCCCCCUAGGGUCCCUCCUAGCAAAGCCCCCCCCCCCCCCAAGUCAGCCCCCUUCCUAGGGAUCCCUCCUGGCGGUUCCCAUUCUAUUGCAUUGUUCACAAGCCUCGUGUGAGGUUCCUGCAGUAGCCAAGCCCAGGAGACGUUCAUAUUGACGAUGGCCAGUUGGCGACUCGGUGACAGUGAAAAAUAAUAAUAAUAAUACAUCUCCCAAUCUUUUGGGGUCCAGUCGGGCAGAGUAAGUGACAUUGAAUUAGAAUUAAUGCAUCUCAGGGGAUUGGCGAUUUAAAAAAAAAACGACUGGGAUCGAUGUCUGCGAUGCACGUUGCGCCAGGGAACCGCGAGGCUGGUUGCGAAGCUCCCCACGCGGAAGCCCCGAUUCACGAGUUGGGUGGUGGCUGCGAUGCACGUGGCGGCCUGGAAAUCCGGCACUGUGGGGCAGCAGCAGCGAGGGGCUUGGUGGGUCGCAAGCGGAUGUUGUGAGACUCGCUCCCCCGCGUGCAUCGAGGAAAGUGCCUUACCCCUGGCUCGCCAGGAGAAGGCGGCCCAGCAGAAUGUAGACUCAUCUCGACGGGAUAGAGCGUUGCCCCCUCGCACGCGUGCGUUUCUUUUGGGUGCUGCGGUAUCCCUCCCGCACGCAUCAUCGCUCGUGGAUUGGCUGAAAGCACCUCAAAUAUCCCUCCCGGGAUAAACAAGUGAUUGGUAUUGUUAUUACGAGCCCAUUUUUGUAACGUACGUUGUUGGUUCAUCGGUGAAUUCAAGGUCGGAUUUGCCGGACUAUAUUUGACAUUCCAGUGAUGCUUUUGUGAAAAUUCAUCUCAACCGUUCUCACACCCCCCCCCACCACACACACCAACACCGUGUGCCGUAUUAGUGUUAUAUGGUGUAUAAUAAUAAUAAUAAUGAGACCCUGUAUGGCAUCGUACUAGGAUAUUAGGCUGUGUUAAGUUAAGUGCAAGGCUUGUAGUCCAGGUGCUCGGGGUGGUUAUACGCCACUGCGCUCUGUCCAGCUGUCUCAAGUAAAAAAUAGCGGACAAUAAAUGGUAAGGACUGCCUUUGCAUUUGUGGGGCAUACGCCACAAUUUGUCAUUAACACUGUCGUAUAAUGAAGAAGAUAUAUCGAGCAGGCUGACGUUUGAGGCAAUGGACCUACUUCAGAGCAUAGAGAGAGAGAGAAAAAGGCAUCGGCUGACUGCAGUUGAGAGAUGGCACCUUUCUCGGGUGGGGAAAUGUUUUACUUUUUAAAAUGAAAUGUAACAUCCUUUUGUCAACGCCACUGCCAGAUGAAGGUCUCCGCGGGGCCGCGCCGGUCAUCGGGAUUGUUUGACCAUACUUCACCACGCUGCUUACUCACUGCAGGGUUGGGGGAAGGCGGGUGGGUGGGUUCCGGUUCAGAUAUGGCUCGCCACUCAUGUUCGCCGCAGCUGAACAUCAACGCUUGGGUCACAAGUUCAGAGGGCUAACCACUGUCCCAGCACUUUUCCUCAUUGAUACAAAAAAACAAUGGACACGCAGUCGCAGGCUUUCGCGACAAAUAUUAUCCAUAGUCGAGUUUUUUGGGGGGUUAGAUCGCGUAAAUAAAAACGUGUCGUUCAACUCGCCACCACCGGACACAGCCAGUUCGUAAGGUUUGUCACGUAAACACAACGUGUGCCAAUGCGUUUCUACUUGAGUAAACCCGCGGUGCAACACACAAGCGGUGUGCUGAACUCGUAACUACGUGACAAACCUUGCGAAUUGACUGUCGGGUGGUGGCGGGUUUAACUUCGAAUUUAUAUUUGCGUGAUCAAAUGGAUAAAAAACACGAAUACUGUAUUAGGGUUCGAUACUUAUUGUCUGCGCGUAACAAAAGAGUGCUUGCCCCCGUCAAUCGAGAACCGAUGAUUUGUCAUCUUCCUUGAAAUGUCUCGAUCCAGGGGGCCCCCGUCGUGCGACGUGCGAUCUCCACCUCCGAGCGAGAGACGUGAACACUUUGGGUUGAUGCGGACACGUGACCGCGGCAGGGUGCGGAGCGCCGAGCGCGAACGUCAUCGCGGAAUCUCGGCCGAGAGGAAGUUCCCUCUUCACCUUUGGGGUUGUCGAGCAGAGCGCGCCGCCUGCUGCUGUGUAAAGUCGCCGUGGGAUGGCCGCGUGAUGGCUCUGGCAGAAGGGGGCCACUCUCAGAAAGCCGCGGGGUCAAAAUGUAAAUAAAUAACUCCAAAGGGGGUGGGCUGCGUUCUGUGGAUCUCCCCGCUCAAACGAGCAUCGGCGGCCUCUAAUCUUUAUUGGCGGCCUUGAACCAGUGAUGGAAAUUCCACAUUCCCAUGGCAGGGACAGUUCUAUCCACGUGAAAGCUCCUGGUACUCGGUUUAUAUCCUGCAGAGUCUCAUCGCUAUAGACGAUGGGCUGAGUCAGCCGUUGUAUGAUUAUAUUAUCACCACGUGACCAGUAAUCGUCCAGAAGAAGCAGCACUAGCUUUCUUGGGUUUACCGAAAUAUAUAUUUGUGUUCAAGGUACUUGCUGCUUACCGAAGCAGCAAUGUUUAUAAAACCCUUCUAACCAGCCAAAGAGUCUCGUUAACAAGAUAUUUAGAUUGCAAGCCCGGAGGUUUUGUUUGAAAGCCCCGACUUAAGAAUAAGGCUUCACUUAUGUUCGUCCUUCACCACCAAGUGUCAGCUCGCAGUACCUUGUCACGUGUAAAUCGUGUACUGAAAUUACAAUUACAGCUGAAAUGGAUCGUUUAAAUUCCCCGCUUAAAACCACCGCCAAAAAAAACACAACUCCACAAAAGCGCGACGACUGCAAAAAAUCAUAGCCCUAUUAUUUUUAUUUUAUCGUUAACGCUGGCGGUUUAUUGGGUACUGCACACUAUAGCCACGGCAUCUGAAUCAGCUCAACUCCUGUAAACCACGUGGCUUGUGUGUGGCCACGCCCACUCUGAACUCCUCUCCUCUACCCCGCCCCCUCUGAAAACAGACGCCGCUCCUCCGGUGCAGGAGCGUCGAGGCCCACGUGCAGCCUCUUAAUACAUCUUCGUUGCGCUCCUGACACGUUUCUUUCGUUUCUCAGUUCCUUUCCCAUCCUUUCCACUCUCAGGUCCCAUUCUUGGUCUGCUCGCUUCCCGUGCCCAUGACGUUCUCUUUACCCAUUAAUUGCGUCCUCGACUUCUCGUAGUGCGCCGCCACGGGCUAUACUAGUUGCUAGUGCAGUAGGCCGUACGUUUGUGUCACGUGCUCUCGUCUCACAAUCGAAGGCGCCCGCUGCACUGAUCCCAGCUGCUCGCGAUCGUGCACUGUGUACAAUGUACCUCUGGAGGAGUGUCUCUUGUGCAAUUUGGGGAGCGGUCGUACGGUGGUUAGCGCGCUACACAAGGAACCUGUCCACGAGAAUCCGGUUCCCGCUCACGACCAACACCAGCGACGAUUAUCUGAACCGGUCCUACCCCCUCCUCCUUCCCGAGGUCAGCUCAGCCUCAAAUGAGUACCUGGUGUGGUGUGUAAACAUCGCCACGAGGGAGACAGGCGGCCGUGCGUGGCUGGCCACCCACCCUCGUGUGCCGCGCCGGCCUUCAUAGGUGCUCGUUAACAGCACUUGCCCCAAGAGUCUGUUAAGGCAACACGGGUCAUAUUUGUGUCUGUAAUGGGCUGAAUCGGAACGAAAGGAAUAUGUCAUAUUGUUAUACUUUCUCCUUGAGCGUAAUUGUCUUGUUUUGGGGGGCAAUGGGGCUGCUAUCUAUGAAUAUAUAUAUCCAAGCGCACACCUGUCUGUAAAUCCCACCUGAGUAUACAAAUAAAUCUAAUUUGCGUA